GAUGGCCGCCGCGUCUCCGUCGGAUUCCGAUGGCAGCCGAGCUGAGAGCAGGGAGGCCAGUUCGAAAUGGCUGGACGCGCACUACGACCCCGUGGCCAACAUCCACACCUUCUCCGCAUGCCUGGCGCUGGCAGAUUUGCAUGGGGACGGGGAAUACAAGCUGGUGGUGGGGGACCUCGGCCCAGGUGGGCGGCAGCCCCACCUGAAGGUGCUUAAAGGACCGACAGUGCUGACUGAAAGCCCACUCCCUGCACUGCCGGCCGCUGCUGUCACCUUCCUCAUGGAGCAACACGAGCCCCGAACACCAGCUCUGGCCCUUGCUUCAGGCCCUUGUGUCUAUGUGUAUAAGAAUCUCAGGCCCUACUUCAAGUUCACCCUGCCCCAGUUGCCUCCAAACUCCCUGGAACAAGACCUCUGGAACCAGGCCAAGCAGGACCAGAUCGACCACUUGACCCUGAAGGAGAUGCUGGAGGGCAUCCGGGAGAAGGCGGAGGUGCCUCUGUCUGUACAGUCACUCAGGUUUCUGCAGCUGGAGCUGAGCGAAAUGGAGGCAUUUGUGAACCAGCACAAGUCCAAGGCCAUCAAGCGGCAGACAGUCAUCACCACCAUGACCAUCUUAAAGAAGAACCUGGCUGACGAGGAUGCCGUGUCUUGCCUGGUGCUGGGCACCGAGAACAAGGAGCUCCUGGUGCUGGACCCGGAGGCCUUCACCAUUUUGGCCAAGAUGAGCCUACCCGGUGUCCCUGUCUUCCUGGAGGUGUCUGGCCAGUUCGAUGUAGAGUUCCGGCUUGCCGCUGCCUGCCGCAAUGGGAACAUCUAUAUCCUGAGAAGAGACUCCAGGCGCCCCAAGUACUGCAUCGAGCUGAGCGCCCAGCCUGUGGGGCUUGUCCGGGUACACAAGGUCCUGGUGGUGGGCAGCACCGAAGAUAGCCUGCAUGGCUUCACCCACAAGGGUAAGAGGCUGUGGACAGUACCGAUGCCCGCAGCCAUCCUGACCAUGAACCUCCUGGAGCAGCGCUCCCGGGGCCUGCAGGCCGUCAUGGCCGGGCUGGCCAAUGGAGAGGUCCGCAUCUACCACGACAAGGCCCUGCUCAACGUCAUCCGCGCCCCGGAUGCAGUGACCAGCCUUUGCUUUGGCCGCUACGGGCGGGAAGAUAACACCCUCGUCAUGACUACACGAGGCGGUGGCCUGAUGAUCAAGAUCCUGAAGCGUACAGCAGUGUUUGUGGAGGGGGGAGGUGAGGUGGGCCCCCCACCAGCCCAGGCCACGAAACUCAGUGUGCCCCGAAAGACCCGGCUUUACGUGGAUCAGACACUGCGAGAGCGGGAGGCUGGCACCGCCAUGCACCGGACCUUCCAGACCGACCUCUACCUGCUGCGCCUCCGGGCCGCCCGCGCCUACGUGCAGGCCCUUGAGUCCAGCCUGAGCCCCGUGUCUGCAACCGCCCGGGAGCCGCUUAAGCUGCACGCUGUGGUUCAGGGCCUGGGCCCCACCUUUAAGCUCACACUUCACCUGCAGAACACCUCGACAGCCCGACCCAUCCUGGGGCUGCUGGUCUGCUUCCUGUACAACGAGGUGCUCUAUGCUCUGCCCCGGGCCUUCUUCAAGGUCCCCUUGCUGGUGCCAGGGCUUGACUACCCCCUGGAGACCUUUGUGGAGAGUCUCAGUGACAAGGGCAUCUCAGACAUUAUCAAGGUGCUGGUGCUUCGAGAAGGCCAGAGCGCACCCCUGCUGAGUGCCCAUAUCAACAUGCCUGUGAGCGAGGGGCUGGCAGCUGCCUGACCCCUGGGUUGGUGGUAAAGCCUCUGGGGAAUCAGGACCCGGAAGAUCCUGCCCCUUCCACUGAGCUGGGCAGUCUUUGGCCCCAGGCCCACUCCCCGCACAGCAGCGUGCUGGGGCGACAGCUCCUCUCUCCUCUCCUAAGCGCCCCCUUUCUCACCACCCAAACACUGGCUAACCUAUAGCUGUAGGUCAGUGAGUACCCAGGAGGUUCAGCUCCUUCCCCCUCAGGAAAACCCAGGCAUUGGCCCACUGGCCUCCUGCUGCUCCUCCGUCCUCCCCACCUUCUCCAGAAGCCACACCCAGGUCCAGAAGAAGAGCCCUGAAGUGGUGAAGGUGAGACGAGGGGCACAGGCCCCGCCUUCUCCUCCGCUGCUCCCCUUAGGUACGUCACUCAUCCGACUCUGCAGGACCAGGCCACAGUUGGCUGGGGUGGGGCCUGAGACGAUCAGAGGCUUUUCUUGGGUGAGACUGAGCCCCCUGUUGCUCCCUAGGGUUCCAGAGGCUUGGCUGCUGCCAGCUCAGCUUGCAGACAAAACACAUGCUCUGAUCUCCCCUCGUGAGCUGAGCAAGGGGCCCAGGGAAUAGCUGCCUCCCCACAGGGGGCUUUUCUGAAAUCUUGGGCUCAGCCAUGGUCUCGGGCCUCUGAUGCUCCAUGAAGAUUCCCAAGGGAGGGGCUGGUGCAGGAGGGCAUAGGGUGCCCAUGCAGGGAGCUAGUGGCCCCAGCCCCCACCAGGCUCCUGAAGACCACACAGCCGCUGCUCCUGACUUGGAUGCUCCUCCCCAGAAAGAGCAUCACGGAAGAAAGCUAAGCUAGACAGACCAGAGGUGGGGCCCUGGCAGGGUGUUUGGGGACCCUGGGGAGGUGGCACAGGAGGCAGAAGUCCAGAACUGCCAAUCAAGAUGCUCUUCUACUCCCAGAUCAGUCAUGUGAGUGGAAAGUUCACCCGGCAGUAGCCAUGGUGUGAGGGAAUUAGCUGGAAAGGCAUGGACCAGAGGCAUUGAGCAAGCACGAAGACUGAAUGAAGGCACAUGUUUAGACCACAAGGGCCAGAGACCCACAGUGCCUGUCCUCGGUGCCUCCUGGGGCCCCCAACUAGUCUGCCUCACAGCCCUCUGUUGGGCUGCUGCUGCCAGGGCUACCCCGAGCCACUUGUGUGCUGGGAACCCUGCUCCCUGAGGACCUAUGUCUUCCCCUCUCUGACCAGGUGCCGCCUCACGUGUGGCAGACAGCUCAGGCUUGUGGGAAGUAACCAAAUCUUUCUGGGCUUCACUUUGCCCACAUGAGGCUGUUUGACCAGAUUCAGCUCUCACAUCCUGUGAGCGUGGCAGCCCCUCUAGAGGAAAGGAGGAGGCAACUCCAGAAAGGGGAUACUUGACAGGAGUAACUGCAGAGCUUUUGCCCUUGAGACCAAGGGCCUCAAGCUGACUGCUGCUGCCAGGCAACAGCCUCUGUGCCCAAGACACAGUGAGGGACUGGGGGGACACUGCUCACAGCCCACCGUCUAUCCCUCCCAAGGAAUGCAUUCUGGGACCAGGAUAAGAGAAGCAUGGAGCCUGGACCAGAGAAGGAGCCCAUCCCCCUCCUCUCUGCAUGGUCCCGCCACUCGCAGACAUAGACCAACGGGGUCAGGAUGGUGAAGGGUUCCUAGAUCAAGCCCACUGAGGCACAGUUGGAACAAGCAGGAGGUUCAACCUGGAAAUGGAAAGACAGGUAGAGGGAGCAUCGCUGUCAGAGUGAUUUCAGCUUAACCUGAAGAGCUUUCUCAGCUUGUCAGAGAUGGAAGGGCCUGCCUGCCCUAGGAGGUAAUGAGCCCCUUGUCACUGGAGCGGGGUCGCUGGGGCUGGGCUAUCACUUUGCAGGGUUGCGUGUUGGGCCAGAUGACCUUACAGUCCCUUUCACCCUAGUCAAGUGAUGAACUGUGUGAACUCGGAACAAAAAAGUCUGAUCUGGGUUCUAUUCAUAGCUAUUCGUGAUGAUACAAGUGGAGAAACUUCUAUACCCAGCACCUAACGUGACUUUAUAUGAUGUAGUGCCAUGUACCUGUUAUUAAAAAAUGUAUGAACUGCA